ACCUGUUUAAAACAGUUGUUUCGUCGUCUUUAAAAAGGAAGGAUAUUUUUAACAUAUAUUAAAUUAAUUUUUUUUGGUUUAAGAAAAAGGGUAAAAUGGUAAACGGGAAAACUAAUCCGAUUUUUGCAUCGGUUUGUAUGGUUCUAAUGAUGAUGGUUCUUCAUGAUGUCAAGGCUGCACUACAAACAACCUUUAUGGAAGACAUCUGUUACAGCAAGAAAAGUGUUAUCGUUGAUCUUCGAUAUCAGCCCACUGGGAUACUGAUGUCCUUACCCCAGACAGAAUCAGUGUAUCCUUUCGAAUGUGAAGUGAUUCUGUCUGCACCAAGAGAGAGUUCAAUUGUCGUGAGCAUUUUCAGAUAUGAUGUCAGUCCCUCUGAUUUGCUGACCAUCGAAGACUCCGAUCGUUUUAAGAUCUCUUUGACAGGCUACGGUAACUUUAAAGACGAGAAGAAGGCAAUAAUCUCCGAAGGGAGGACAGCCAUCCAUUAUCGAAGGAAUGUCAGCGAAUUGUCCCAUCCGAGACAAGGUUUCCAAUUUACAUUCACUGCUGUCAAAAAAAAUGGCCCAUGUUAUGACAACGAAUUUAAAUGCAAUAAUGGCCUGUGCAUAUUGAAACAAUACGUCUGCGAUGGACAUAAUCAUUGUGGUGAUCGAAGCGAUCAGAACUCAUGCGUUCCGAAAAAGGAGACUGCCUCUAACACUUAUCGGGAUUCUUACCUAAUUUAUCCAAACUCAAACAUCAUUUGGAUUUCUAUUAUUGGAGCAGCUGGCGUUGUUGUAUUCAUCAUAGUUAUAGUCUUCAUUGUGGUCGUGGUUCGUAUGAGAAAGGCAAAAGCAAGACCUGCUGAAAAUAGCAAUAACCAAAACAGCGGAGGGAAUGCUACACUUCACUCUGUCUCAUCUACAGUACCACAACAAUCACCACCUGCUCCUACUACUGGUGCAGUGCCCUCUGCCCCACCUGCCCCAGAACAUGAAAGUUUUUCAUUCUACAACCGAGUUCGCCGAUCCUUGCGAGGUAUGAAGAAUCCCAAAACUGAAGAACUAUCAAAAAAUAUGGUCACUUCAGAAGUUUACCAAGUCCCGUCCAUGUAUCCCAAUCUUGAGCAGACCGAACAAGCGGUCUCAGGAGGUGGAAUUGAAAAUCCAGAAUUCAAAAGCGAGGAAUGAUGAAUGAAUUCACUUGUCUGUCUUUGUUCUAAAUAAGAAUGCAUUUGUAUACUUUCUUAUAUAUUUUAUCAGUCCAAAUAGAAUAUGAUAAUUGAGCAUGAAUGUAAUAACUGUGUAAAAUAUGACUGAGGGCCUAUCUAGGGACCAUCUAGAUAAAUGCAAGAAGUUUACUUUGAAAUAAAAUUUUAUCAGUUUUUA